AGGAAUUAUGUUGGCGAUGUAUAAAACAUGCGCCGCAGCAGAGAGUCGGGGCAGUUCAUAGCGCGCUCAAAGUCACUAUAAUACCAACGACAACACGUCAUAACGUGAAUCACGCCGCUUAUAGUAUUUUUGUUUAACAUCUCUCCAAUCAGCAUGGCAACAGUUACAGCAACUACAGGAAGACAAUCAUCGCAACACAUCGGCGAAGGUGAAUCUUCCACCGGUCCGAAAGAGGAAAGGGAAUGAAACUCACUCGGUUGUUCUGCUUUCCAGUUGGUGUAACUGGUGGACACGGUCUUCAUUCGAUAUGUUACGGACACUCGAAAAGCGGAUUCUUUCAUACAACAAAACCCCGUAUUGGGGAAGGUUCGUCAAUAUCGGGCGCUGUGUGGGCGAAGAGGACAAAAUAUGGACAAUCGGGCUGAACACGGAUUCACCAAACACUCCACUCGUGCUGCUGCAUGGACUUGGUGCUGGAGUAGCGUUGUGGGUAUUAAAUCUCGAAGAGCUGGCGCGCGAGCGACCUGUAUACGCUAUCGAUGUACUUGGAUUUGGGCGUAGCUCGCGGCCCUCGUUCGACAACGAUGCGAUGGUUGUAGAGAAGCAGCUGGUAAAGUCGAUCGAGGACUGGCGUCGGGAGGUGGACCUUAAUGAAAUGGUCUUGUUGGGUCACUCCAUGGGAGGAUUCUUGGCCGCGAGCUAUGCUCUGUCGUAUCCAGAGCGCCUACGCCAUCUGAUUGUUGCCGAUCCAUGGGGCUUUCCGGAGAAGCCAGAGGAUUUCGAAAGUACGGUAAAAAUUCGCACGUGGGUGAAGCCAAUUAUCGCAGUGUCGAAGAUGCUGAACCCGCUGUGGCCGAUUAGGGUGGCUGGACCUUACGGUGCCUCGCUCGUGAACCGCUUCAGGGGCGAUAUUGUGGAAAAAUUUACCGGCACUAUCGCUGAUGGAACAGACAUUUCCAACUACAUCCACCAGUGCAACGCGCAGCGUCCAACCGGCGAAGCGGCUUUCCACACGAUGAUGAAGGACUUCGGUUGGGCCAAAAACCCGAUGAUACAUCGUAUUGUGAACGUGAAGCCGACCGUACCGAUCACCAUGCUGUACGGGGCUCAAUCGUGGGUGAUGCGUACCGGGCCUAUUAAUACGCUCAAGGAGCUGCGCGUGGGCAGCUACGUGAAUGUGCAAGUGAUUGAAAACUCUGGACAUCACAUUUAUGCCGAUGAUGCCCCUAGCUUUAAUCGGCUGGUGAACGAAGCGUGCCGUGCUACCGAUGAUGAGACGCGAAAGUAAAAAACAUAUGGUAAAUUCAAAAGGUGUGGUGUGUUGGACUGCACGGAUGAUACAGUAUACUCGGCGAAGAUGACAACACCGAUCGUCCACAGGGAAACAGCUAAACAAAAUCGACAUAUCAUUGUGAUUGCGCCCUUUGUGGUUCUUGCAUCAUUUUCCCCGCUGAUAAGAGAGGUAGGAGAGAGUGUUAGUAAUCAGUGAUAGAGCAGAUUAACUAAGUUAGUUUACAUUUUGCAAUAGUACUAGUGAAAUGGCAAACGUAAUCGAAGCACGAUUGUCAGUUUAUGCUUCGUUUACUGCUCAUACCCUGUACCUGUUUCGCAUGUCUACUGCGGACGGAGAACUAAGGUAAGUUGAAAUCAAUUUAUCCCGUACUGCAUGAUAGAAUUUCCCCACUGAAUCAAGCAAACAUAACCCAGUUGUACAGCUACAUAAAUACAUGCGUAAAGUACAGUGUAUACGAUUCGGAUUGUAUCAAAAAAGCUAGAUAGAUUUUAAAAGCAUUAUAAGUAAAUUGUUUACAAUAAAUUAAUUUAGACUGUGUUUCA